AUGGAUAUUCUUUCGCUCUCCGCCGCUCCCUCCCCCUUCCCUCACACCUCAAUCGCCUUCUCCACCGCCGCCGGCAAAAGACCCACCUCCCUUCCUUCCACUUCCGUCUCUUUCUCCUCCCAGCCACCUCCGGCGCCCGAACCGGACAACUCAAACACAUCCCCUGCCGUCCGCCGGCCUCAAUUACUGACCAAGUCGGCUUCCACUUCCGACGAGAAACCUCCUGCCCCCAAUCUCCCACGAAACCCAUUCAAAUCCCUUUCACAGUCAUCUCGCGCUUCGCCGGAUACCAGCCCUUCUCCAGCACCCUUCUCCCUUUCCUCCAAGCUCUGGCUCUCCAGUAAGCUCUCGCCCCCACCACCGCCGCCGCCUCCUCCUCCUCCCCCGAUUACCCCUCCUUCCCCGGUCCAGCGACGCUCUCGUGUUCCAACCCGAACUCUUGAUGCGGAGGAUGACCCACCGAAGGCUGAACUCCGGGAGCCGGGGAAGAUUUUCGUUGGGAACCUGCCGUCAUGGGUGAAGAAGCUCGAAUUGGUCGAGUUCUUCCGGCAAUUCGGGCCGAUAAGGAGCGUGAUCCUGAUUAAAGGUCACAAUGAGACGGAGAGGAAUGCUGGGUUUGGAUUCGUUAUCUACGAUGGCCGGGCGGCGGAGAAAUCGGCUGCCAAGGCUGUGGAGUUUGACGGGGUGGAGUUCCACGGGAGGGUGCUGACGGUGAAAUUGGAUGACGGGAGGCGGCUGAAGGCCAAGGCCGAAGAGAGGAAGCGGUGGGUGGGUGGUGAUGGUGGGGAGGAGGAGUACAGGUCCAAGUCCAAGUGGCACGAGGAAAGGGAGGGUUCCAGGAAUGCGUUCCGGAGGGUUCUCGAUACGCAGCCGGAGAAUUGGCAGGCCGUCGUCGACGCAUUCGACAACGUUAAGAAGCCUUCUAGAAGGGAGUUUGGAUUGAUGGUGGGCUAUUAUGCUAGACGCGGAGAUAUGCACCGUGCAAGACAAACUUUCGAAAGCAUGCGUGCAAGAGGAAUAGAACCCAGUUCUCAUGUCUACACAAGCCUUAUACAUGCUUAUGCAGUUGGUAGAGACAUGGAAGAAGCUCUGUCUUGUGUUAGGAAAAUGAAGGAAGAGGGUGUCGAAUUGAGUUUGGUGACUUACAGCAUCCUUGUUGGUGGAUUCGCAAAAGUUGGCAAUGCUGAGGCUGCUGAUUACUGGUUCAAUGAGGCCAAGGAGAGACAUUCAAACUUAAAUUCAAUCAUCUACGGGAGUAUUAUAUAUGCUCAUUGUCAAACAUAUAAUAUGGAUAAAGCUGAAGCAUUAGUAAGGGUUAUGGAAGAAGAAGGCAUAGACGCUCCUAUUGACAUAUACCACACAAUGAUGGAUGGAUACACUAUGAUUGGCAAUGAAGAGAAAUGUUUGGUUGUCUUUCAAAGACUUAAGGAAUGUGGAUUUUCACCUUCAGUUGUCAGUUAUGGAUGUCUCAUCAACCUCUACAUCAAGGUUGGAAAAGUUUCUAAAGCAAUGGAAGUUUGCAAGCUGAUGGAGCUUGAUGGCAUCAAACAUAACAUGAAGACAUACUCCAUGCUUAUCAAUGGAUUCGUGAAGUUAAAAGAUUGGGCAAAUGCAUUUGCAGUUUUUGAGGAUGUUGUUAAAGAUGGUCUGAAACCUGAUGUGGUGCUAUAUAACAACAUCAUCAAUGCAUUUUGUUGCAUGGGAAACAUGGACCGUGCCAUCACGAUGGUUAACCAAAUGCAAAAGGAAAGGCAUAGACCUACCACACGUACUUUCAUGCCCAUCAUUCAUGCAUUUGCUAGAGCUGGGGACAUGAGAAGAGCCCUUGAUACUUUUGAUAUGAUGAGGCGGAGUGGGUGCAUUCCAACAGUUCACACUUUCAAUGCGUUGAUUCUUGGUCUUGUCGAGAAGCGUCAGAUGGAGAAGGCAGUUGAAAUAUUAGAUCAGAUGGCACUAGCAGGGGUAGGUCCAAACGAACAUACAUACACGACCAUCAUGCAUGGUUUUGCUGCAUUAGGUGAUACGGGCAAGGCUUUCGAGUAUUUCACCAAACUGAGAAAUGAAGGGCUUGAACUUGAUGUGUUCACCUACGAGGCAUUGUUGAAGGCAUGCUGCAAAGCUGGAAGAAUGCAAAGUGCCUUAGCAGUCACUAAAGAAAUGAGUGCCCGAAACAUUCCCAGAAACUGUUUCGUCUACAACAUAUUGAUUGACGGAUGGGCUCGGAGAGGUGAUGUGUGGGAGGCUGCUGACCUUAUGCAACAAAUGAAGCAAGAGGGAGUGCAACCUGACAUUCACACAUACACUUCGUUUAUAAAUGCUUGCUGCAAGGCUGGUGACAUGGCGAAAGCAUCAAAGACCAUGGAUGAAAUGGCAACCUUCGGAGUGAAGCCAAAUGUGAAAACAUACACAACCUUGAUCUAUGGUUGGGCUCGAGCAUCUCUGCCUGAGAAGGCGCUGGAAUGCUUCGAACAAAUGAAGACUGAGGGAUUAAAGCCUGACAAGGCUGUUUACCAUUGUUUGAUGACAUCGCUUCUCUCCAGGGCUACCGUGGCCGAGACAUCCACUAUUUACUCUGGGAUUCUGUCCAUCUGCAGAGAGAUGGUGGAAUCUGAGCUGACAUUCGAUAUGGGCACGGCGGUCCACUGGUCCAGGUGUUUGCGCAAGAUCGAGAGAACCGGUGGGGACAUCACAGAAGCACUGCAGAAAACCUUCCCUCCAGACUGGAGUGCACGCCAUGCUCCCGUCUCCAUUUCCGAAUCAGAUGUGGAUGACGAACUCAACGUUCACUCGGACGAUGAUGAUGACAUUUACUUGGCCAGUGGCGGUGGAAGCCACCAAAACGACGACAGUGAAGCUGAAGCAGAAGAUGAUGGUGCUCUUAGACAAAGACUGCUUUGGCAGAAUCGUUUUCCACAUUAG